UUGUACGUUACGUGUGUAACUUUACAGAGUUGUUAUGCGGAUUAUUAAAUGUUUUUUAAUGCUUAAAGAUAUACUUUUUUUUAAAAAAAAUAAGUGCGAACCUUAUAUGUUCACAGCUACACGGAAGCUGCAACGUGUCUAUGACAUGUAACUUCUUAACAAAGUUCAGAUGUUUACCUAGUGACUCAAUACUUAAGUAUUUUAAACAGCUGUGACUCUUCUUUUGUCUUGAAUAAUGGAGACGUUUUCGAUCGGACCUCAUUUUGUAUUUCUUUAGCAAAGUAAAACCCGACCAGCAGAUUUUUGUGUGGAUUAUAUUUUCAUGAACAUGGGACGUCAGGCGUGUUUAAACGGAUAUAUUUACACUUGUAAACUUUCACAAAGUUAUUUGCGCCACAGCUUGGCGAUCAUUUGACAGAGAUACAGUAAAUCUCACUGUAUCACAAUUCUUUGAAUGCAUUUAUGAAGUCAUCAUGAAUCCUCGGGUAAACCUGCUAUCUGGAUUAAUCUGGAUCGGUGUGAUACAGUGCUGUCACUCCAGACUGCCACACGACUGCGACAAUGGGAAGGCAAAUCUUGAGACAGACCUACCAGGAUCUGAAAAGCUCAUGUGUCAAGAGCAUUGGCCACAGUCACAGAUGAAUAUUCCUGAUAUUGACACAAAAUAUCCCAUACAGGGUUCUGAUUACAUCUGUAUGGACACACCCAUUACAUACAAUGAUCCGAUACCUACCCAUGGACCUUACAGGCCUGUUGAGGCAGAGAGCGGAGAGUAUCUGUAUUGUCCACCUCAGCGUUGGCUACACAACCUCAAAAAUGGUGCGUUGGUGCUUCUCUAUCACCCCUGUGUCUCAUCUAAAGUUCGCAGGAGUCUCACCGUGUUGGCUCGGUCUUGUCUGGCUCAUUACAUUCUCACACCUCACCCCUGGCUCAGCCAACACAGACCUUUAGCUAUGGUUUCUUGGGGUCGUUCACUAGAGACGUCUCGCAUCACACCAGGGGUUUGUGAUUGGUUGGUUUCCAUUUCCUACAAUAUUAGUCAAGCCAGCACAAGCCAAGGAACAAAGUACAAUUUGUUUUUGACCAAACCAGCACCUGUGAACAGCCUAAUGGACGUCAAUCAAGAGAUGGCAAGUUUGGAAGGAUUAAAGUUUCUUAAAAAUUGCUGCUUUGAAGCUCUCCAUCUUGAAGUACGGAGGACCAGAGGAAGAUCCAGGAAGACCAGGAUGGCCCUUAAACAAACGUCACAAGUAGUCGAACCAAGCAGACUUAACAGCACAGACAAUGCAAAACACAACAUUACAGACACACUAUCAGAAAAUAAUAAAACUGAGAUGACCUUGCCGUCACACAAUUCAUCUACGGAUUUAGGGGUACCCGGCAGGGGUGCCAAAGUCGAGGAGAUGACUGAUGCAAAGAAGCAGUUUGCACAAAGUAAUUUAAAUGAAGGAAGUAAAAACCAGAUAUACAGAAAGACACACAAGAAUACAACGGUAGAAAGGACGAGGCAUCGGAUAAAGACUGACACAAAGGCGCAGAGGUUUGGGUCUGAAUGCGAAGAUCUCGGACUGUGUGGAACUCAAGAGUCUCCAGGUAUCGAGGGUCUGUCGAAGGGGGAAAGGAUAAAGAUCCAGCGUACAGAUGAAGCCGUGUGGGCAGCAGCCGCUUUGGGCUUCCUGUUGGUGCUGCUCACCCUGUCUGUGCUCCAUACGCGCCUCUAUCGCCACUGCAGGUCUUCAACCAGCCUCUACUGGCAAGACAACAAGCAAGACUUUGAGAAUGUGGGUGAUAUAAUCCGGCGGAGACUCAGGAUGGUUGGCAGGAGGAAGAGGAGGGGCAGCUAUAACAGGAGAAAGGAAUGUGCAUUACUGUCCAACUCCAGCAAUGAGGAGAACUCGGACUGACUACAGGAUUGUUGAACGCUAUGGGAAUUGACAGGAUAUGCACGCUAGGAUACUGGUUUGAGUUUCUCACACCCAGACCUUUUUAUUGAUCAUUCACUUAUAUAUAUUUGGUGAACUUUUACAUGGAAAACUCUAUUUAUAACAUUUUAAAGAUUUUCGGUCGUAAUAAACUGUAGUGCAUACAUUGUGUUAAA